GGACCAAGGGGAGGGUUUCGCGCGGGGCAUCGCGGUCUCCGAUAGGCUCUGGGCGGACCCGCGGCGCGAAGGGUCGGUUUACCAUGGGGGUUGGUUGAAGGAAUGGAGGAACGGACGGUCAUGGCGGGAGGGAUGAAAGCGGCCUCGGGGUGGCGUCAGUGCAGUGGCCUCCUUCUGGCCUCCGCGGUUCUCAUGGGGCUGCUAGGCGGCUCAGACGGACAGGUGAUUUCACUUGCAGAUCAUCGCAGUGUGAGAGCUAAUACCUCUCAGCAGUUUUGCUACACAAACAAAGUGAUCCCCAAAUGGCAUGACAUAUGGACCAGAAUUCAGAUCCGAGUAAGCAGUGCCAAGAUGAUUCGGAUCAUCCAGGUUGAAAAUGAGGAGAAAUUGAAAGAACUGGAGGGGUUCAAUGUAUGGAACUAUAUCGGCUCCUUCUUCAAAGAGAAACUCAAUAACACCUACAUUAAUAUGGGACUGUACAGUAGUAAAACCUGCUUACAAGUGGAGCUCCUUGAACCAGACUCCAACUACACAAUAGUUGUUACUCGAACAUUUGAUCCCAAGCUCUUUCUGGUUACAUUUCUGGGCCUUCUGCUGUUUUUCUGCAGUGACUUGAUGAGCAGAAGCACACUUUUCUUCUAUUCGGCUGGAAUAAGCAUUGGCAUGCUAAGUUCACUGCUCAUAGUCAUCUAUGUAGUGUCCAGAGUGGUGCCCAAGAAAAGUCCUCUCUACCUCAUGCUGGUGGGAGGCUGGUCUUUUUCUGUUUACCUCAUUCAGCUGGUCUUCAGAAACCUGCAGGAGAUCAGCAAAUUGUACUGGGAAUAUCUGCUGGGCUACCUGGUCCUUGUAGGGUGUCUCAGCUUUGCUGUGUGCUACAAAUAUGGCCCCCUGGAGAAUGAGCGCAGCAUCAACCUCCUUACUUGGGGUUUGCAGGCCCUCGGCUUGUUGCUGCUCUACUUGGGCAUCCAGAUACGACAGAUCGCCAUCGCCUUGAUCAUAAUUGCAAUCUGCACUAAAAACCUGGAGUACCCAGUCAUGUGGGCCUAUGCCAUCUACAGCAGGAAGGUGUACACAGCCACAAGCAAGCCCAGCCCACCACGCCUGCUAACUGAGGAGGAGUACCGAAUACAGGGAGAAGUGGAGACGCGUCAAGCCUUGGAGGAGUUGCGGGAGUACUGCAGCAGCCCGGACUUCUCUGCUUGGAAAGCAGUCUCCCGCAUCCAGUCUCCAAAGAGAUUUGCUGACUUUGUGGAAGGUGCUUCACAUCUCAUCCCCAAUGAGAUUGCUGUCCACGAGCAGGAAUAUGGGCUAGGGGGCUCCUUUCUAGAAGAUCAGCUCUUUGAAGAGGAGGAUGAAGAGGAUGGUGAAGAAAGAGAUUACAGCUUUGUAGAGGAGCAUGGCAUGGGCAUCUCACUGCCCCAGAACCAUCUGAGUUUCCAUGCUAGAAAUGGCUAGUAUUCAUGUGAACGGAUUGGCCUGUGAUGGCCCCUGCUGUUGUGGGGAAAUAGUUGCAGCUCUGCUGCCCUCUGUUACAAUGAGCACACAUAUACAAAGCCUACUGUGUAUGGCAUAUGCAAAUCAAGGUGUGUACAUUUGGCAGAAUCUGGAAACGGGUUGGGGAUGAUGAUGAUGUGGCCGGCCAUUAAAGCCCUGCCAGCCAUUCCAGACAAUGGACUGAACUGCACUUGGGAUAUUUAUGAACUAACUACCUUGUGGCUUGCAAAUCUGCUAGAAUCCAGGUUUGCAAGUUGUGAACAAGGCUCAGAAACAAAGGAGGGAGUUGGAGGUUGAGACAGCCUGUUAAAAGCCUGCUGGGAAUAGUGAGCACUCCAACUUCAAUAAGGCAAGUGCUCCUGAGGACAGGCUUAAAAGCCCCAAGCCCUGCUUCUUCAAGGCACAUGAACAAAAGACAUCCUCCUUUCCAGUCUGAUUUUCUGUGGUGCCCAUGAUGGUUUGGACAUGCUAUCAGCACCAAUGUCCUGAACUUGUCAUUGGCUAUAGGAGCUGCUCCUUCACUUAUUUUACAGUUUUCCUUGCUUUGUCAACUCCUACACUGAUGAUCAGCAAUUGUCCUACACUGUGUAUUUCAGUUCUGCUAGAAGUUUUCCUCCCUCCAAAUAAGACAGCCACAGGGCUCCAGGUGGCUGCCUACUGCUUUCACUGUGUGUUUUGUUAAUUUGUUGCCUUUCCAAGGAGUUGAGAGAUGUGAGGCUGAUGCUUGUUGCAGAGAAGGUGUGAUGAGACUUCUGGCGAUGGGCAAGUAUUUGGAUCUUUCUUAAAUGUCUCUGCCAUCUGCUAGGCAAUAAUUGCACAAAUAAAAUCAUCUCUAAUUAUACACCAUGGGAAGUAGACUGUUCCAACUUGAAUGAGGACUGUUCCUCAGGUUUCUGUAGUGCAGCUUUGAUUUAUUUGCACCCUUCAUGGAUGCUUGAAGUUGCUGUUAGUGUAACCAAAGAUGGUUAAACAUUUAUUGGUUCUGUGAUGGGAUUUAUUUGUUGCUUUUACUUUCAAGAAUUGAUUCUCCUCUUCCUUGAUCUUUUAUGGUUUGUAGUUCUAGCACUCUGCUGUACUUCUAGCCACAGCGUACCCCUUCUUAUUAAAACUCUGGUCUUAUUGGUUGCAUAAAUCCUAAAAUAGACCUGUCUUUGACCAAAUUUUCCAUAUUCUGCUGCUGUUUGCUCUACAUUGGGGAUCUUUCCUGAAAUCAGAAUUACAGACUUACUGUAGCUAUUUUGGGAUUAUUUAGGUGUAUAUCUAAUUGCCAUAGUGUUUGUGUUUUUUCAAAGUAGCAGCCUCUGCAGAGAAAUACAGCAAAGGUCUACAUUUUCAAAAGUAUUUAUUGAGAUCAUGGAAUGAGAUCUUCCAGGAGUGGGUGGUGUGGGGCCUUCUGAACUGCUUUCAGAGAGAACCCCCUUAAAAUAGAGUUGCUAGCAUAUGUGAGAGAAUUUGACAGAUUGACUGUGCCUUACUGUUUUGCCUAGUCCAGAAGCAACUUGAGCAAACAAAUGAAAAAGGGGGAAACAUAGCUAUCAUGGUUUCAUCUGUUUUGGCCACCUGCCACUUGAAUGUCUGUACAAAAUACUUGGAGUGUACUUCACAAACAUAAUUUACUGUGUGCAGUAGGAUUUGGGGUAUGGUCAUAGCUUUUUCUCUCAAUACUUUGGAGAUGGUAAACAUGCACAGGGUGAACUAGAAAAUAUAGAGUGCUUUGUCUUGUUUGUAUACUUUAUGUUGAGUAGAACUAAGCAAUACAAGAAACAUAGGGCUUCUGCUGAAAACUGUAGCCCCAUGUCAUAGUCCCUUUAUCUUUAUUCCAUGACUUCUGGUACAACUUACUAUGCUCUGAUAUCAUUUUGCUGUAUGUUUCCUUGCCAGCUGCAGCCAGUGAUGUAGAGCAGGGGAGAAAAAAUGCAAAGUAUAAUGAUGUUAGGACACAGGGUAAGUUUUACGAAAUGUUAUGGAAGCCGGGUGUGGGGAAAUGAUGCAGACCUACCAGUUUUUAGUUCUGUUCCUUAAAGAUGGUGUGAUGUUUUGCUCUAAUCACUAUGCAAACCAUUUUUGCAAAGUAUCACUGUUGCCUCUUCCAAAUCUUGUGACCAAAGCUCUGAGCUCUCUCAUUCUGGUCAGCUAAAACUUAUUUUGUUGGAAGCGCAAAAUGCUGGAUCUAUGUAGUGUAACAUACAAUGUGGGAUGUAAACCAUGAGGGAACUGUAAUGCCUCCCACUAGGUGGUCAAAAUGUUUUCUUUUUAAAUGUUUUCUUCUAAUUUUUAUUUCCUUUAUAAUAUAGAUCAGUAUUAAAAUGUAUUUUUGGCACUGAAUGUACUGAAAUGCUAUCUAAAUACUUUCUCACGAGUUGUGAAGGUUGAGAUUUUUAAUAAAGUAAUCUUUAUUUUGUAGGAAAUAAAGCUUCCUUUUGUGAUGCCAUGUGGGCAGGAGACAAACCUAA